AUGGCAGCCGAAAAGCCGCAUGUGAGCGGUCCGGUGACCGGACUCGACGAUCAGCCAGUCAGUCAGGCGGACGAGAAGGGCCACGUCGCCGUCGACAGUGCCUCGGACUCGGGAUUGGGCUCUGACGAUGAACGCAACACUGGUGGCCUCGCCGGUGUCGAGAGGAUCGAGGCCGCCGCGAAGACUUGGACGAAGACAUGGCUCAUUGUGACUUACAUCUUUAUCUGGAUCGUAUUCUUCACCGACUCGCUACAGCAGCAGAUAUCUGCGUCCCUCCUCCCGUUUGUGACGAGCAGUUUUGGCAAGCAUGGCUUGCUCGGAACCACAAGCAUCAUUUCGACCAUCGUGGCAGGAGUGGCUAAGCUACCCCUGGCCCGCAUCUUGGACGUAAUCGGUAGAAAUGACGGCCUGAUCAUCAUGUUGACUAUCACGGUCAUAGCUCUGGUCUUGAUGGCCGCCUGCGGCAACAUCCAAACCUAUGCCGCCGGGCAAGUCUUCUUCUGGACCGGCAUGAACGGAAUCAGCUAUGUACUGCAGGUAUUCAUCGCCGACACUAGCAAGCUCAAGAACCGCAUGAUCCUCUUCGGCUUCACGACGACCCCUUACAUAUGCAACACCUUCGCUGGCCCUGCUGCAGCCCAGGCCAUCCUGAAGGGAAGCACAUGGCGAUGGGGCUUCGGGGCGUUCUGCAUCAUCAUUCCUGUCGUUUGUGCGCCGGUCGUAUUCGUCUUUGCGGUCCACCUGAGGAAAGCAAAGAAGCUUGGCUUGGUCAAGGAGAAGACCGACGCGGAGAGAAGCAGGACGUGGUGGCAGUCAAUCAAGUACUGGGUUAUCGAGCUCGACGUGUUUGGUGUCCUGCUCGGCGUGGCCGGGUUCUCUCUGCUGCUACUGCCUUUCAGCUUGGCCAGCUACCAGGCAGACAAGUGGAGAUCGGGAACGGUGAUUUCCAUGCUCGUCAUCGGUGUGCUCUGUCUGAUUGCCUUUCCCCUGUACGAGAAGUACAUUGCGCCCAAAACCUUUAUCCCUUACUCGUUGUUCAAGAACAGGAAUGUCCUAGCAGCUUCCCUGCUAGGUGGAAACACGUGGAUCUCCUUCUACUGCUACAAGCUCUACUUCUCUUCUUACCUGCAGGUUGUCUAUGACCUCAGCGUCUCGGAGGCUGGUUACAUCGUCAACAUCUUCAACAUUGUAUCAUGUGCCUGGGCCGUCCCUGUUGGCCUUCUCAUUCGGUACUCGGACCGUUUCAAAUGGCUUGCCCUCAUAUCCGUCCCUAUCUGGAUCCUCUUCACUGGACUCAUGCUCAAAUUCCGCAUGCCGGGCACGAACGUCGCCUACGUGGUCAUGUGCGAAGUGUUCACUUCGUUAGCAGGCGGUACACUUGCACAAGUCCAGCAGAUUGCCGUCAUGGGGAGCGUCCCCCAUCGUGACGUUGCCGUCGCAUUGGCUGUGCUGGCGCUCGUCACGGCCGUUGGCGGCGCCAUCGGUCAGAGCAUCAGCGGAGCAAUCUGGACGAAUACCCUUCCGGGAUUGCUCAGCAGCUACUUGCCUGAGGAGUUGAAGGCGAACUCGACUACCAUCUAUGGAGAUCUGGAGAUACAACUCAGUUAUGACUGGGGAAGCCCGGCGAGGGAAGCGAUUGUGGGGGCUUAUGGCGAAACACAGAAGUACAUGCUCAUUGCUUCGCUUGCCUCAGCGGCAGGUUCUUUGGUCUGGGUUUCCAUCCUGAAGAACGAGCGUCUGAGCGAUAAGCAGCAAACAAAGGGUGUGGUCUUCUGA